GUUCUUCACGAGUCACGCAAUGUUGAAUCUGCUAUUGCUUCCACUGGCAGUUGGCGCAGAAGUUCUGAAUGACUUAAUGAAAUGUCGCUACAGUUGCACGGCUGAGUGUCUAAAUUGGGAAAAGCAGAUCAAAUCAAAGGGAAUGGUGCUUACUUGGAUCAUAAUCUCCCACGGACACGAAGUCUCCUCCUACUGAAACAGGGUUGGACGACCUGAAGAAUGCAGCAAUGAUGUGCAAAUUCAUGGUUUCGAAAAAUUUGAAGCUUUUUGUGGUUUCUGCUGAUGUGCUUGUAGCUUAUGUACUGG